UUUACCUUCCAAAAAUGUGCGAUAAAUGUCGACACUCUCCCGCGCGCUCGUACUUUAGCACGAAGUCGCGACCCCAACCCCUCCACCUCUCUCGCGCUCCCUCCCUUUCGUCCAAAAGUGACGACACACUCUCUCUCCCUCCACCUCCUCUCUCUGUAAUAUUUGUAUUAUUGUAUAUAUCUCUCUCUCUCCCAACAUGCCAUGACCGAACUCGUCUCCUCGUCUGAUCGAAAGAAAUCAACUCUAUCGGGAUUCGUGCUCGGCAAUCAGAUCAUCAGUUUUCACAAGAUUCUAUCUUUUAUAAAACCCAGAAAAACAAAACCCACAUACUACUAUUCCCAUGUUGUUCAUUGAGGAUCUGUGGCCCUUGCUCUGCCCUCCAGGAUUCCUGGAAAAGUCUCGGCUUUUCAAAGAGUCCCUUUUGCAGUCCAUGUCCAACACGAGCUGCGAGAGCGCGGAGCUCGAGGCCUGCCGUGACGAGUCAGCGGCGCUCGUCCUCAAGCUAAUCGCCGUUGCCUCGAUUCUCGUCGCAGGAGUCGUCGGAGUCGCAAUUCCCCUCGUCGGUAGGAACAGCAGCUUUCUUCGCACCGACGGCAGCCUCUUCGUCGCCGCCAAGGCCUUCGCCGCCGGCGUAAUUCUUGCCACCGGGUUCGUCCACAUGCUUUCGGGCGGGUCAGACGCCCUCAACAACCCCUGCCUACCUGAAUUCCCCUGGACCAAGUUCCCCUUCUCCGGUUUUUUCGCCAUGAUGGCCUCGCUUGCCACGUUGCUCGUUGACUUUGUUGGGACCCAGUAUUACGAGAAGAAACAGAGGAAGGCACGGCCCGCCGAGGACCAGGUGCGCGUCGGGUCGGAUGACCCGGAGAUUGUGGCGAGUGUGGAUCCGGUGCAGCCGGCGAAGGAGUGGAAUGGGAAGGUGUUUGGGGAAGAGGAAGGCGGUGGGAUGCACAUUGUGGGGAUGCAUGCGCACGCGGCGCACCACAGACACAGCCACGCGCAUGGGCAGGCAGCAUGUGAUGGACACGUGAAGAGGGAACCCGAACAGGGCCACGGGCACGAUUCGCACGGACACGGGCACGGGCACUCUCACGGGUUCGGGGAUGAUGACGAGGAUGGUGGUGUUCGGCACGUCGUCGUUUCCCAGAUUUUGGAACUUGGGAUUGUAUCACAUUCAGUGAUCAUAGGCUUAUCACUAGGAGUUUCAGAGAGCCCAUGCACCAUCAGACCCUUGGUUGCAGCAUUGUCAUUCCAUCAGUUCUUUGAAGGUUUUGCACUCGGAGGCUGCAUAUCUCAAGCACAAUUCAAGACCCUAUCAGCAACCCUAAUGGCCUGCUUUUUUGCCGUCACAACUCCGCUCGGGAUAGGCGUGGGGACUGCCAUUUCCUCGUUCUACAACCCGUACAGUCCGGGAGCUUUGGUCGCAGAAGGCAUCUUGGAUUCCAUGUCAGCCGGAAUUCUAGUGUACAUGGCCUUGGUUGACCUAAUUGCUGCUGAUUUUCUAAGUAAGAGGAUGAGCUGCGAUUUCAGGCUCCAAGUUGUAUCUUAUUGCUGUCUCUUUGUUGGAGCUGGAUUGAUGUCAUUACUUGCAAUUUGGGCUUAAUUAGUUUCUUUGUUUUUUGCUUGGUUAAUGUUUUAAUAAUCCAAGUGAAAUUGAAAUUCUUUCCACUUGGUUUAUGUGAUAGGGAAGAGAGGUGAGAGAUUAAGAGCGGGAUUUUCUUACAUGCUUGUAGAUUAGUUGUAGUCUUUCGGAUUGUUAUGGCUCAAAUGUAAUAUAGAAUCUCCAUUACCUUUCUCAAAAACAAGAAAACUAAACAAAGUGUCUCUAAUGCAAUUCUUCUCCACCCUCUCGGA